AGUGAGCAUGCGUGAUCGGACUGCAGCGGGAGCCGUCUGUCCCGGAAGCGGAAGCAGCGUGAACUGAGUUGGCCGGUGGCGGCAGCUGAGGGCUCUCACCCGGAAGCACGAUGGCGGUAGCAGCAGCCGCCGGUCCCGGGCCGGGUCCGGGGGACGAGCUGGUGCAGGACGUGAUUCCGUACCGCCGGCGGUCGCGGCUGUUGUGGGGGACGGUGCUGCCUUUCUGCGUGCUCUACCCGCUCUGGCUGUGGUUCUGGGGGCCGUGCGCCUACGCCUGGGCUUGGGGGGGAGCCGCAGGCACGGAGACGCCCGAAGCUGCCUUGCUGUACCUCGCCGCCAUCGGCGCCGUCCACCUGCUCACCGCCUUGGCCGGCUUGUGGAGCGUCAACGUCCACUGUUUCCUCUACUGCUGCUGGGUGCGCAGUCCAAGGAAAGCCACUUUAGCUAAAGUUGUGCCAACUCCCAACAAUGGUUCCGCGGAAUUGGUGCCACUUCACCGAGACCAGGGAGAGGAUGGACAGGAAGUCCUUUCCUUUGAAUUUCAGAAAAUCAAAUAUUUCUAUGAGCUAAAAGAAAGGAAAAAAUUCCUUCCUGUGGCAUUCCCCGUGGAGCACCCAUUGCAAUUUUAUCAGAACGCACGAGGCUACCAGGAAGACAAGGAGAUCAAAGCAGCAGAGAAGAAAUAUGGCACCAACAAGGCAGAGAUGGUUGUGCCAGAAUUCCUUGAACUCUUCAAAGAAAGAGCUACGGCCCCUUUCUUCGUCUUUCAGGUGUUUUGUGUGGGACUGUGGUGCCUGGACGAAUACUGGUAUUACAGUGUGUUCACCCUUUCCAUGUUGGUGGCUUUUGAAGCAUCUCUUGUCCAGCAGCAAAUGAGGAACAUGUCUGAGAUCCGAAAAAUGGGCAACAAACCUUACAUGAUCCAGGUUUACAGAAACAGGAAGUGGCGGCCAAUUUCCAGCGAUGGGAUAAUUCCAGGGGACAUUGUUUCAGUCGGCCGGUCUCCCCACGAGAACCUUGUACCGUGCGAUGUGCUGCUGCUGCGGGGAAGAUGCAUUGUCGAUGAAGCCAUGUUGACUGGAGAGUCAGUGCCUCAGAUGAAGGAACCAGUUGAGGAGCUAGACGCAGAACAUGUCCUGGACAUGCAGGUGGAUUCCAGAUUGCACAUCAUUUUCGGGGGAACAAAAGUUGUGCAACACAUCCCACCGCAGAAAGCCAGCACAGGCCUGAAACCCGUUGAUAAUGGGUGUGUGGCCUACGUUCUGAGGACAGGCUUCAAUACAUCUCAGGGGAAACUUCUGCGUACCAUCCUGUUUGGUGUGAAGCGGGUGACAGCCAACAACUUGGAGACCUUCAUCUUCAUCCUCUUCCUGCUCAUCUUUGCCAUUGCGGCUGCAGCGUAUGUGUGGAUUGAAGGCACCAAGGACCCCAGCAGGAACCGUUACAAACUGUUUCUGGAAUGCACUUUAAUCCUCACUUCAGUUGUCCCACCUGAACUCCCCAUUGAACUCUCUUUAGCCGUCAACACCUCACUCAUUGCUCUUGCCAAAUUGUAUGUUUACUGCACAGAACCAUUCCGCAUCCCCUUUGCAGGGAAGGUCCAGAUUUGCUGCUUCGAUAAAACCGGCACCCUCACCAGUGACAACCUAGUGGUGAGGGGUGUGGCUGGGCUCAGAGAUGGGAAAGAGGUGACCCCCGUGUCUGACAUUCCUGUCGAAACACAUCGAGUCAUCGCCACAUGCCACUCUCUGAUGCAGCUGGAUGAUGGGACUCUGGUGGGUGACCCUCUGGAGAAAGCCAUGCUGACGGCUGUGGAAUGGACUCUGACCAAAGAUGAGAAAGUUUUCCCCCGAAGUAUUAAAACUCAGGGACUGAAAAUUCACCAGCGCUUUCAUUUUGCCAGUGCCCUGAAAAGAAUGUCGGUCUUGGCUUCCUACGAGAAGGUCGGCUCCACUGAUCUGUGUUACAUUGCAACUGUGAAGGGGGCCCCGGAGACGCUGCACAAAAUGUUCUCUCAGUGCCCAAAUAGCUACAAUGGUAUCCACACAGAGAUCUCCCGGGAAGGAGCCAGGGUCCUGGCACUUGGCUACAAGGAAUUGGGACACCUCACUCAUCAGCAGGCUCGCGAGAUAAAACGGGAGGCCCUUGAGUGUGACUUGCGAUUUGUGGGCUUCAUUGUGGUCUCGUGCCCCCUUAAAGUGGACUCCAAGCCAGUUAUCCGUGAGAUCCUCAACGCAUCGCAUCGUGUAGUGAUGAUAACAGGCGACAACCCAUUGACCGCAUGCCAUGUGGCCCAGGAACUGCACUUCACCCAAAAGGAGCAGACGCUCAUUCUGCAGCCACCCAGUAACAAAGGUUGCAGUUGGCAGUGGCAGUCCAUCAGCGGCACCGUCACUCUCCCAAUCAUCCCACGUCCUCUGCAAGAGCUGACCGGGAACCACAACCUGUGCGUCACAGGGGAGGGGCUCUCUCAGUUGCAGGCCACAGACUCCCAAAUGCUGCUUAGGCUCAUUCCACACGUGCAGGUCUUUGCACGCGUCGCACCCAAGCAGAAGGAGUUUGUGAUCACAACCCUGAAAGGGCUUGGCUACGUGACGCUGAUGUGUGGGGAUGGGACCAAUGACGUGGGGGCUCUGAAGCAUGCCGAUGUGGGAGUGGCUCUACUAGCCAAUGCGCCUGAACGCAUCCCCGAGCGCAGGAAGAGGCCCCGUGAUGCACCUGCUGACGGGAGACCUGCUUUACCUUCCUCCAUAGUCGGGAGUAACAUGAGGCCCACCUCCCGGGCUGCCAAGCACAGGCUCAUGUCUCACAGGGAGGAGCAACUUGCCAUGCAGAGGGAGAGGAUCAGCCAGGUGCUGAAGGAUUUAGAGGAAGAGCAAGUCCCCAUUGUGAAGCUGGGUGAUGCCAGCAUUGCAGCUCCUUUCACCUCCAAGCUGUCCUCGAUACAGUGUAUCUGUCAUGUGAUCAAGCAGGGUCGCUGCACUCUGGUCACCACGCUCCAGAUGUUCAAGAUCUUGGCGUUGAACGCUCUCAUCUUGGCCUACAGCCAGAGCGUCCUUUACUUGGAAGGGGUCAAGUUCAGUGAUUUCCAGGCUACGCUGCAGGGUCUGCUGCUGGCUGGCUGCUUCCUUUUCAUCUCCCGGUCCAAGCCUCUGAAGACUCUCUCCCGGGAGCGUCCCCUACCCAAUAUCUUCAACCUCUACACAGUUCUCACAGUGCUGCUGCAAUUCAUGGUCCACUUCAUCAGUCUGGUUUAUCUGUAUCGAGGUGCACAGGCCCGCAGUGACCCCAAGAAAGAAGAUUUUGUAGAUCUCUACAAGGAGUUUGCACCCAGUCUGGUGAACAGCACUGUUUAUAUCAUGUCCAUGGCCAUGCAGAUGGCCACAUUUGCCAUCAAUUAUAAGGGCCAUCCGUUUAUGGAAAGCCUGCGGGAAAACAAACCUCUGCUGUGGAGCAUCAUUCUGUCAGGGCUGGCAAUUGUAGCCCUUCUAACAGGCUCCUCCCCAGAGUUCAACGAACAGUUUGGACUGGUAGAAAUCCCAACAGAGUUCAAACUAGUGAUCACUCAAGUUCUUCUGGCCAACUUCUUCAUUGCCCUACUUGUAGACAGAAUCCUACAGUUCCUUCUGGGCAGCACAAAGCUCAAAGUGCCUUCCUGAGAUGAAUCCCUGGCCAAAAUAAAGGACAAACAAGGAACUGGCCACUACCCAGCAUUGCAGGAAGAAUAUUUAUUCUUUUGACAGUGGACAGUCCUCUCUUAUUCCAGUUUGGUACUGGCAGGUGACUUCCAUAUUGUGCCGUUUUGGAAACCACAACGAAGGCUAGGUGGGGAGGGGGAAUGGUACACUAACUUUCAUGUUUUCCAAACAUGACAGCAUCUGUUGACUUUUAUACUAGUACCCCUACACUCCUCAAAAAGUGGUCAUGGGAUUUGGUAAUUAAAUGGCAAUCAGUGCAUUUUGAAA